AGAAACUGGAAAUGGAAAUGAUGCACAACAACCAGACAAUGGAAAUGACGCACAAGAACCAGAUAAUGGAAAUACUGGACAAGGUGUAGAAACUGGAAAUGGAAAUGAUGCACAACAACCAGACAAUGGAAAUGUUGCACAACAACCAGAUAAUGAAAAUGGUGCACAACAACCAGACAAUGGCGUAGAAACUGGAAAUGGAAAUGAUGCACAACAACCAGACAACGGAAAUGGUGUACAACAACCAGACAAUGGAAAUGACGCACAACAACCAGAUAAUGGAAAUACUGGACAAGGUGUAGAAACUGGAAAUGAUGCACAACAACCAGACAAUGGAAAUACUGGACAAGGUGUAGAAACUGGAAAUGGAAAUGAUGCACAACAACCAGACAAUGAAAAUGGUGCACAACAACCAGACAAUGGAAAUGGUGCACAACAACCAGACAAUGGAAAUGAUGCACAACAACCAGAUGAUGGAAACGAUGCACAACAACCAGACAAUGGAAAUGGUGCACAACAACAAGACAAUGGAAACGAUGCACAACAACCAGACAAUGGAAAUGAUGCACAACAACCAGACAAUGGAAAUGAUGCACAACAACCAGAUAAUGGAAAUGGUGCACAACAACCAGACAAUGGAAAUGAUGCACAACAACCAGACAAUGAAAAUGGUGCACAGCAACCAGACAAUGGAAAUGGCUUACAAUAUCCUGGAAAUUUGAAUAGUGGAGAAGGACUAGAAAAUGCAAAUAGUGGACAAGCUAAUGAUGAAUCAGAUAAUCAUGAAAUUUUGGAAAUUGUUCAUGAUUUCGAAAUCCAAUUUCGAAAUCGUUAUUUUCCAACAAUAAUGGUUUCUAAAAAUUUUGAUAAAUUGAAACAACGAACACAAUCAUGCGAUGAACCUAUUGCAUCUUAUACUGAUGAUAUUAUUAAUUUAUGCCGUGAAAUUGAUCCAACUAUGUCCGACUCAAUAUUUAUGCAACAUUUAAUGAGUGAAAUAAACCCUGAUUUCAGAAAAGAAAUGUCUAGACAUGUAUCUUGUAUGAAUACAUUAAAUGAAUUCUUAAAAUACGCUAAAAUCGAACCAGCUUUGUAUGAUACUUUUGAAAAAUCUCGUCAAUUAUCUAUCGAAUCCAAGCAAUCUAAUUUUACAUUUAAUCAUUCAAGAAUUUCCACAUUAACAACUAUGAUUAAACAACCGAAAUUUCGAUAUCAUUAUAUAAAACAGAAUAGUCGUUCACAUUUUUUAUCAUAA